AUGACAGCCGGCAAGAAAUCAGUUUUAGGUCUCGAACCCAAUGAUACACUAAAGCGUCAUCCUUUAAAAGAUCCUGGUAACCAUGGUCCUGAGCAUUUCAGAGGUAAGAUGUCACACUUUAGAUUUGCUACAAGACAGUACCUAACGAGGUACACGAACUCCCAAUCGGAAUAUUUGGCUAAAUGGCAAUCUAGAUACAAAACCAAAUGGAACUCCGUUUAUUUUGCUACUACUGCACUUUUUGCAGCCCAUACGUUUUACAUUAUUUGCUUACCAACUCCAGCAUGGGCAGGAGCCAUAGAUGGUAUCUCUGAUAUGGUCUACAUCUUAGCAUACUCCAUCUAUUUGUCAGGAUUCCUCAAGGACUUCUGGUGUUUACCAAGACCAAAAUCGCCACCGUUACACAGAAUUACCUUGAGUGAAUAUACCACUAGAGAAUACGGUGCCCCCAGUUCCCACUGUGCCAAUGCUACAGCUGCUUCAUUAUAUCUCAUGUGGAACGUGGCAGGUUCAAACACAAGUAUUACCAACAAGGCCAUACUGUUUAUACUGAUUAUCGCUUACUACUUGACAUUGGCUGUAGGCAGAAUCUACUGUGGUAUGCAUGGUCUUUUAGAUGUCGGUAGUGGUAUCUUAUGUGGUUUAAUUUGUACAUUGGGCCGCGCUGGUGCAAACCGACUAUUAUCCAAUUUCCAAUGUGGUGACUACUGGUGGUUCCCCAUUCUGAGUAUAACAUGGGGCUUGACCAUUCUUUUGAAACACGUGAGACCAAUCGACGAAUGUCCCUGUUUUUCUGAUAGCGUGGCAUUUGUGGGUGUAGUUAGCGGUCUUGAGGUCACUAGAUGGACUUGGCAGAGGCUUGGUAUUGAUGUCACGUACGGUAUGAGUGUCGAGGGUGCACCCGGACUAUUUGCUGGUAGAUUGAUAGUCGGUGGUUUGAUUGUGGUCAUUUGGAAAUACGUUUUGAGCAAGCCAUUGGUCUACUCAUUUUUAAUCUAUGUGCUAGGAAUGGAGGAUGAUCGUCCAAUCAAAGAAGAAGAACGUGCCAAAUAUGCAGAUUCCAUCGAGUGUCCUCCAUUUAUUGGUGAAGCUAAAAUUGACAUCGUUGGUAGAUACGUCAUUUACGGUGGUAUACCACCUGUAGUGUUAUUUGCAUGUCCAGCUGCUUUCAAACUUUUGAAGCUAUUGAAUGUUGCAGAAUCAUCAUAG